AUGUCCCGCGGCCGCCUCGUCGGCAUCGUUGUACCGGCCGCGACCGUAAUUGAUGAGCUGCUGGACGAGGACGGGGGGAUAACACCGGUCGCAGAACUGUUCAUCAGGCGCGUGGAGUGGAGCGAUGCGGGGCGGGGAGAGUGCGAGGCUUCCGAAGCGACGCGAGGCCAGGCAAGCAGAGCGCAAGGAACGAACGCGUGCUCUGCAGCUGCCCGGCAAGGGAGGCAAAACCGUAUAGCACGGACAUACACGGCGUUCGAUGACGCCUAUCCGAUACAUGACAGAGAACGAGAAGCAGGCGGAGGGGGGAGGGAGAGCAGAAAGAACAGAAAAACGCCAGCCAACCAGAGAAUGGAAAACAAAAGCGAAAAAAAGGGGCGAGCGAGGGAUGGACUGGAUUGGCCAUCAAGAGGCGCUCGCGAGUAG